AUGGUGCUUCCCUCUCUCUUCCGCAAGUCUUCCAAAUCAGCGAAGCCCGACGUCCCGAAACUCCCCCCCGGCAAGCCCUCGACAAAAAGUAAUCCAGGCACCCCUUCCUCGUCGCCUGACAAAAAGUCCCACACCCGCGUCAAAGAGCGUGAGCGCGAACGCCGCUCUAGCUCCUACUCGUCCAAGCGCUCGUCCAAAUACGAGCGCGACUCACACCCGCUCAACCUCCCGCCCGACGAGCUCCGCAGGCUGUCCUCGUCUGCCAUGUCCGCUAUGGCCGACCAGCCUACUCCCCAGCCCAUGGAUAUAGACCGGGAAUCCGCAACCUCGCCGACGCCCUCCAGCCCGGCUGCCGCACAGGCCCCGGCAGCAUUCCCCAAGUCCAACGGCGAAGAAUCACGGCCAGCACCACCUCCACAUAGGUACACGACGAGUCCGCCGCCGGAGUCGGCCAAAUAUGCUGCAACCCCAGAAGAGUCAUCUCCGCCUGCACAGCCGCCCACCAUUGAUGCGGAGGAGUACAAGGCUGCGGGGAACAAAUUCUUCAAGAUCAAGGACUAUCCCGCCGCUAUCAAAGAGUACUCGAAAGCCAUCGAGGCCGACCCUCAGAAUGCCACCUACUACUCGAACCGAGCCGCCGCUUACAUGUCGUCAAACCGUUUCGUCGAAGCUUUGGAAGACUGCAAGAUGGCAGAUGAACUCGAGCCCGGCAACAUGAAGGUCGGACUCCGAUUAGGCAGAGUGUACACCAGUCUGGGGCGACCUGACGAGGCAAUCGCGGCGUUCAACGCUGUUCAUGCUACGCAGAAGGACAUGCAGCCUGCGCUCACCAUGCAGCGGCAUCUGCAGCAAGCCGAGGAGACAUUGAAGAGUGGCGGCGCGGGGUCCAUGAUUAUAUACGCACUCAACGAGGCUGAGCGAGGGCUAGGCUCUGGCGUGGACAGGCCGCGGAAAUGGAACCUCAUGCGAGGAGAAGCACACUUGCGGAUGGGCAACAUCAACGCUCUUGGUGAGGCACAAAACGUGGCUAUGAACCUGCUCAGACGGAACAAUCAGGAUCCGGACGCACUGGUGCUCCGAGGUCGCGCGCUGUACGGCCAGGGCGAGAACGAGAAGGCUCUCCAACACUUUAGGCAGGCGCUGAGUUGUGAUCCUGACUUCAAAGAUGCGCUGAAAUAUCUGCGGAUGGUGCAGAAGCUCGAGCGGACGAAGGAGGAGGGCAACACAGCGUUCAAGUCGGGUCGCAUCCAGGAAGCCGUUGACACCUACACCAAGGCGCUGGAAAUUGAUCCUUCGAACAAGCAGACCAACUCGAAGAUCCUGCAGAACCGAGCGCUCUGCUACUCCAAGCUCAAGAAAUAUACGAACGCUAUCACGGACUGUGACAAGGCUCUCGAGCUCGAUCCCAGCUACACAAAAGCGAAGAAGACCCGAGCAAAGGCAUUGGGAGAGUCGGGUAACUGGGACGAGGCUAUCAAGGAGCUCAAGGCCAUCCACGAGGCCAACCCCUCAGAGCCCGGCAUCGCCAAGGAGAUCAGGAACGCAGAGCUCGAGCUCAAGAAGAGCAAGCGAAAGGAUUACUACAAGAUCCUCGGCGUUGAGAAGGACGCUGGCGAUUCCGAAAUCAAGAAGGCCUACCGCAAGCUCGCCAUCGUGCACCACCCCGACAAGAACCCCGAUGAUGAGACCGCUCACCAGAGGUUCCAAGAGAUCCAGGAAGCUCACGAGACUUUGAGCGACCCGCAGAAGCGUGCUCGCUAUGACUCUGGCGAGGACCUAAUCGACCCCCUCCGAAAUGUUCGGCGGAGGUGGCGGUGGCUUCGGAGGCGGCAUGGGAGGAGGAAUAGACCCAGAGAUCCUCAUGCAAAUGUUCGGAGGCAUGGGCGGCGGCCGUGGCGGGGGUGGGGGUGGCUUCAGCUUCCAGACUGGCGGCGGCGGCAGCCCCCCUUCGGAGGUAUGGGCGGUAUGCCCGGCGGUGGAGGCCGAAGAGGCCAGCAGUUCCAGGGCGGAUUCCCCUUCUGA